GUUAAAACGUUUCGCCGUCUCGUCUUCAGAAGGACGUGAACAGCCCACGUUUCCUCUCCCCGAGAGCGCGGCUGGUCCGAGACAGACACACUUUCUAGAUAUGGCCUCUGGCAGCAGUCUCCUGUCUCAAGAUCAGUUCCUGUGUUCUGUCUGUCUGGAUGUGUUCACUGAUCCAGUCACCAUACCAUGUGGACACAACUUCUGUAAAUCCUGCAUCACACAGUACUGGGACAGUAGUCUAGUGUGUCGGUGUCCCAUGUGCAACAAGCUUUUCACAAACAGACCUGAAGUGCCAGUCAACACUCUGUUUCGUGAGAUGACCGUUCAGUACAGAGAGUCCGUUAGAGUGGACGCCAGCAGCUGCCCUGACCAACAAUGUGCCAAACCAGGAGAAGUGGCCUGUGACGUCUGCACUGGGACCAAGCUCAAGGCCCUCAAGUCCUGUCUGGUGUGUCUGGCCUCGUACUGUGAGACUCACCUGGAGCCGCAUCAGAAAGUCCCAGGUCUGAAAAGACAUCAGCUGACCGGCCCUGUGGAGAAUCUGGAAGACAGGAUAUGCAAGAAGCACGACAAACCUCUGGACCUGUUCUGUAAGACUGAACAGGUGUGUGUGUGCCAGUUCUGCACUGAAUCAGACCACAAGUUACAUCCUGUUGUUCCUCUGAAGGAGGGAUACGAAGAAAAGAAGAGUCAGCUGGCUAAGAAGGAUGCUGAAGUUCAGCAGAUGAUCCAGCAGAGACAACUGAAGAUUCACACACUCAAACAGUCAGUAGAAAUCAGCAAAGAUGAUGCAGAAAGAGAGAUAGCCCACAGUGUUCAGGUCUUCACCGUUCUGAUGAGCUCCAUUGAGAGGAGCCAGGAUGAGCUCAUUGAAAUUAUUGAAGAGAAACAGAAAACAACAGAGAAACAAGCUGAAGGCUUCAUUGAAGAGUUGGAAAAGGAAAUCAGGAAGCUAAAGAAGAGGAGCACAGAGCUGGAGCAGCUCUCACACACUGAAGACCACCUCCACCUCCUCCAGAGCUUCUCAUCCCUCAACACUCCUCCACAGACCAAGGACUGGACAGAGGUCAGUGUCCAUCAGCCAUCUUAUGUGGGGACUGUGAGGACAGCUGUGGAGCAGCUGGAGAAGACAGUUAGUAAAGAGCUGGAGAAGCUGUAUGAUGCUGAGCUGAAGAGGGUCCAGCAGUAUGAAGUGGAUGUGAUUCUAGACCCUGAUACAGCAAAUCCUUAUCUCGUCCUGUCUGGGGAUGGAAAACAAGUGUAUUCUGGAGACAUUAAGAAUAACCUCCCAGACAAGCCAGAGAGAUUCUCUUGUUAUGCUUUUGUCUUAGGAAAGCAGGGCUUCUCUUCAGGAAGAUUUUAUUUUGAAGUUCUGGUGAAAGAGAAUACUGAGUGGGAUUUAGGAGUGGCGAGAGAGUCUGUCAACAGGAAGGGAAAAAUCACUUUGAGCCCAAAGAAAGGCUUCUGGACAAUAUGGUUGAGAAAGGGAAACGAGUACAAGGCUCUUGCUAGCCCAGGUGUUAUUCUCUCUCUGAAAGAGAAGCUCCAGAAGGUUGGGGUGUUUGUGGAUUAUGAGGAGGGUCUGGUCUCCUUUUAUGAUGUAGAAGUUGGUGCUCAUAUCUACUCUUUCACUGGCUGCACCUUCACUGAGAGACUCUACCCAUAUUUCAGCCCCUGUAAUAAUGAUGGUGGUAAAAACUCUGCUCCUCUCAUCAUCUCUCCUGUCAACAAAGCCUGAUGAACACAACGGCGUGUGUGUGUACAUGUGUACACAUUGUGUCUAAAACGGUUAAGGAGAUAUUCUUUUUUUUUAAUGAUCAGGGUUCAUUUUUACUUUCUAUACCGGCUGUGCCUUUAGUGAGACACUUGCCACACUUUGGUCUCUGUCUUGUGAACGGUAGUAAA